AUCGCUCUCUUCAGCUGUCUGUUGCAACUCUCAUACAUGUUGCAUGUUAGUGUUAGGCUUACACAUGCUUGUCCCACUGCGAGCAUUCGUUCACUUGAGUCUUGAGGCCCGGACAGUUGCUUGUGUGUGUGUGCAUGCAUGUUUAUAUCGAGAUCUAACAAGUGAUUUUCAGGGAUGGGUCUUCUGCAAAGGUUCAAGAGCUUUUUGUACCAGCAGAUGGUCAAAUAUCAAGUGAUUUUGUAUCUACUGCCAAUGUUGCAGCCAUUUGCAAAAUAUUUCGCUGGUACUGGAAGUAAAGGUAAUCACAGAAUAACUGAUAAGAGUGGAAAAUCCUUUCCAGUUUGCAAGCUCAACGGAAAAUUGUUCCCUGCUUUUGGGUUAGGGAGACUCCAGACGAUCCCCGACGUCAGUAUCAGACGAGAUGACGUAUUGCUUGGUGGCUACCCCAAGACUGGGUGCCACUGGGUGCACGAGAUCCUCCACAUGUUGGUCAACGGGAAAUCGGAGCUCACCAAAUAUGGAAAAGGGCUAGGUGGAAUGAUUGACGCUAUCCCAGACAUCAUCCUGGACUCCCUGUCUUCACCACGUGUGCUCAAUUCUCACAUGCUGUAUGACGAUCUACCAAAAGGUGUUAAAGAGCACAGAACAAAAAUCGUCAUCACCGUAAGAAACCCAAAAGACACAGUUGUCUCGUUCUACAACCAUGUUCGUAACCUGGAGGAGUUCUACACUUACACGGGAGAGUUCAACGACUAUUUUGAUCUUUGGAUUGAGGGAAAUGUGGACUACGGCUCAUAUUUUGACUUUUACCUGUCUUGGGACGAGUUGCUCAAGAAUCCAGAGAGGCACCCUGUGCUACUUGUGAAAUAUGAGGACAUCAAAGCUCAACCCAUGGAGAAUAUCAAACGCAUAGCGCAGUUCUUGGAAGUUGACGUCACAGAUGAAUUCGUGGCCGAGAUAGUGGAGAAAACCAGCUUCAAUAGCAUGAAGUCCAAGAGGGCUAAGGACAUGUCAGCAAAGCUUUUCCGCAAAGGCAAAGUCGGUGACUGGAGAAACUGGCUGAGUGAGGAACAAAGUGAAGCAAUCGACAAACAAUGGCAGAAGAAAAUGCAGGGGUGUAUUUACCAACCCCACUAUAAUGAGUGACUGUCUGCAAGCUUGUGGACUUUUGGUAGACUUGCUCAGUGGCAGAGUGUCGUAAUUUUGAUUCUCUGAAUGGUUCUUGUAAUGGUACAUGUGUUGUGUGAUUGACGGAUGGUCGAGAGGUUAUGUUUGCCUCUCACUCAAUAGGUCCUGGGUUCGAAUCUGGAUAACGAUGGACUUUCUUUCUCUAAAAUCUUCUCCUUUCACCUCCUUUCCUGCUGUCUAAAAUUGUUCUGUCGUCUGCAUUCGUCUCCACUUUCUGCCUCC